UCGGGAACGGGAGCAACUUCCGCUUCCGGGCGAGCGGCGCGGAGCUACUGGGGAGGGGGAGGCACUUCCUGCCGGGGUCUCGGGUCUCCCCGGAGCGGCUGCGCCUCCUCCGCCUCCUCAGCCUCUUCCCGGCGGAGACCCCGGCGCCGGGUUCCCCACCACUGCGGAGAUGGAGGCGAACCCCGCGGGGGGCAGCGGGAGCAGCGGCCUGGGGGGCGAGGACGGCGUGCAUUUCCAGAGCUACCCCUUUGACUUCCUGGAGUUCCUCAACCACCAGCGCUUUGAACCCAUGGAGCUUUACGGGGAGCACGCCAAGGCCGUGGCUGCGUUGCCCUGUGCCCCAGGGCCCCCGCCACAGCCCCCGCCACAGCCACCUCCACCACAGUUCGACUACCCGCCACCCACUAGCUUCAAGCCCAAGGCCGAGGCCCCAUCCUCAGCCUCCUCCUCCUCGUCCUCGUCCUCGUCCUCAUCAUCAUCCUCUUCAUCCUCCACCUCCAACCAAGCCAAGAAGCCCGACCCACCGCUUCCCCCAGCUUUUGGGGCACCCCCGCCUCCGCUCUUCGAUGCGGCCUUCCCUGCCCCGCAGUGGGGCAUCGUGGACCUCUCGGGGCACCAGCACCUGUUUGGGAACCUGAAGCGCAGCGGGCCCACGGCCGGGCCUGGAGUGGCGCCAGGGCUGGGUGCACCCGCAGGGACCCCGGGGCCGCUCCCCAUGCCUUCGCAGACCCCACCUGGCCCCGCUGCCACAGGGGCCGCCUGUGACCCAGCCAAGGAUGACAAAGGUUACUUCCGGCGGCUCAAGUACCUGAUGGAGCGGCGCUUCCCGUGCGGCGUUUGUCAGAAGUCCUUCAAGCAGUCCUCACACCUGGUGCAGCACAUGCUGGUGCACUCGGGCGAGAGGCCCUACGAGUGCGGGGUGUGUGGCCGCACCUACAAUCACGUGUCCAGCCUGAUCCGCCACCGCCGCUGCCACAAGGACGUGCCAGCCACCGGGGCCCCGCAACCGCCGCCUGGAGCCACACUUGUGCCCCCACUGGGCCUCGCCCCCGGGACCACUGCACCUGCCCCGGCCGCCGCAGGUGUCACCCCCACGCCGGUGGGGCCCCCGGCCGCUCCAGCCCCCCCCUCGGACGGCAGUGCUGCCCCUGCCCCAGGGGGCGUCACUGGACCCCCUGCGGCCACCACAGGUGGAGACGGCCCAUUUGCCUGCCCGCUGUGCUGGAAAGUGUUCAAGAAGCCGAGCCACCUGCACCAGCACCAGAUCAUCCACACGGGCGAGAAGCCCUUCUCCUGUUCGGUGUGCAAUAAGAGCUUCAACCGGCGCGAGAGCCUCAAGCGGCACGUGAAGACGCACUCGGCGGACCUGCUGCGUCUGCCCUGCGGCGUGUGCGGCAAAGCCUUCCGUGACGCUGCGUACCUACUCAAGCACCAGGCAGCGCACGCGGGCGCGGCGGCGGGCGGGGCACGGCCGGUGUACGCCUGCGACCUGUGCGGGAAGUCCUACUCGGCGCCGCAGAGCCUGCUGCGCCACAAGGCGGCGCACGCGCCGCCCCCCACGCCCGAGGCGCCCAAGGACUCCGCGGCUCCGGCGGUAGCACCGCCCGCGCCCGCCUUCCCCACAGGCCCCUACCUGCUGCCCGCCGAGCCGCCCGCCGGCGACAGCGAGAAGGCGGCUGCUGCGGCCGCAGCGGUGGUGUAUGGCGCUGUUCCUGUGCCGCUGCUGGGCGCACAUCCGCUGCUGCUCGGCGGCCCCGGGGCCGGAGGAGCGGGCGGGGCGGGCGGCGCGGCAGGGAAGACCUUCUGCUGUGGGAUCUGCGGGCGAGGCUUCGGCCGCCGCGAGACCCUGAAGCGCCACGAGCGCAUCCACACGGGCGAGAAGCCGCACCAGUGCCCGGUGUGCGGGAAGCGCUUCCGCGAGUCUUUCCACCUGAGCAAACACCACGUGGUGCACACUCGAGAGCGGCCCUACAAGUGUGAGCUUUGCGGCAAGGUCUUUGGCUACCCGCAGAGCCUCACCCGCCAUCGCCAGGUGCACCGGCUUCAGCUGCCAUGUGCCCUGGCGGGGGCUGCUGGGCUGCCAGCUGCCCAGGGCGCCGCAGGGGCUUGCGGGGCGGGGGCAUCCAGCACUGGGGGGGCAGGCCCCACGGACGCGCUCAGCUAUGCCUGCUCGGACUGCGGGGAGCACUUCCCCGAUCUCUUCCACGUCAUGAGCCACAAAGAGGUACACAUGUCUGAGAAACCUUACGGCUGUGACGCCUGCGGCAAGACUUUCGGCUUCAUCGAGAACCUCAUGUGGCACAAGCUGGUGCACCAGGCUGCCCCCGAGCGCCUGCUCGCUCCCACCGGCCCACAGCCCGCGGAAGGCUCCGGGGGCACCGAUGCGGCCAGUGUGCUGGACAACGGCCUGGCUGGAGAGGUCGGUGCAGCGGUGGCAGCCUUGGCUGGUGUGUCAGGAGGUGAGGACGCGGGAGGCGCGUCUGCUGGGGCUGGUGGGGGUGCAGGUGCAGGUCCAGAACGCUUCAGCUGUGCCACAUGUGGCCAGAGUUUCAAGCACUUCCUGGGGCUGGUGACACACAAGUACGUGCACCUAGUGCGGCGGACCCUGGGCUGUGGCCUCUGCGGCCAGAGCUUUGCGGGCGCCUAUGACCUGCUCUUGCAUCGCCGCAGCCACCGGCAGAAGCGCGGCUUUCGCUGCCCUGUGUGCGGAAAGCGCUUCUGGGAGGCAGCCUUGCUCAUGCGCCACCAGCGCUGUCACACGGAACAGCGGCCCUACCGGUGUGGUAUAUGCGGCCGAGGCUUCCUGCGGUCCUGGUACCUGCGGCAGCACCGUGUAGUGCACACUGGAGAGCGCGCCUUCAAGUGCGGUGUGUGUGCAAAGCGCUUCGCACAGUCGUCUAGCCUGGCCGAGCACCGGCGGCUGCACGCUGUGGCACGGCCCCAGCGCUGUGGUGCCUGUGGCAAGACCUUCCGCUACCGCUCCAACCUGUUGGAGCACCAGCGGCUACACCUGGGAGAACGAGCCUACCGCUGUGAGCACUGCGGGAAGGGCUUCUUCUACCUGAGCUCUGUGCUGCGCCACCAGCGUGCCCAUGAGCCGCCGCGGCCCGAGCUACGCUGCCCUGCCUGCCUCAAGGCCUUCAAAGAUCCCGGCUACUUUCGCAAGCACCUGGCGGCCCACCAGGGUGGCCGGCCCUUCCGCUGUUCCUCCUGUGGAGAAGGCUUCGCUAACACCUAUGGCCUGAAGAAGCACCGCCUGGUGCACAAGGCUGAGGGCCUCGGAGCCCCGGGGGCGGGGCCUGGGACCCUGGCGGGGAAGGACGCCUGAGGCUCUGUCACACUGAUCUCGGGUCCUCUGUGGACUCUCCCUCUCUGGGCCUGCUGGUCAGACGGUCCAUCUCUCUGACCCAUCCUUCGGAAGUUCAGACUGCCUGGUCUCCCUCAGGGCCCAGGCCCUGCAGAUUCCAGACUGAAUCACCCCUCCUGGACCUCUUGGCCCACCCCCGUCCCACCAAACACUGAACUUGGCUUCCUGGCCAGCCCUCCUGUGACCCUCUCUGGCCACUGCUAGUGGCCCUCCACCCCGGGGAGCAAGCUCUUUGAUGGAGAUGAAGCUGAACUGCACACCCCUUUUCCUUUGGAGUCUGGCUGGGCAGUGGGGUAUGCAGAGCUGGGGUUGUGGAAGGGGGUGCUUUUUGGAUU